ACACGGGGCUGCGUGGGAAUGGUAUUUGCCUGGAAAUACUGGGUAGGAUCCCCCGCAAAGCUGUUGGCUUUGGGAAAGGUACUUUUUCCGCGGGGAGGAGGCGGGGAGGGCUGGCUUUGGCGCCCUGGGUUAGGCCCCAGGCGCAGGCCCAGCCCGGAGAAGCAGAAGCGGGCAGAAGAGGCCUAGCCCGGCCGCGACCCUUCCCUGUUGGACCUAAGAGCCAGCCAGCUCUGCUGAAGUCACCAAGAGAGCAGCUCCCCAUGAAGGGAGGGCCUCCUGGAGGCGGUGCCCGGCUGUAGAAGAGAUGAUGGAGGUGCGGAGGGUGUGGUGGUGUAGUGCCCUCUCGGUUUGUGCAGAUUAGGCAACUGAUACUAUUUUGGAUUCUUCAAGGGCGUUGGAAAGAAAAGGAUCGAUACCGGUGUCCUCUACAGCCUGUCAAUGGAUCCUGUCCGACCACCCUUCAGGGGUACUUCUCCUGUGCAUCCUACUCACUGUGUUCGGAUGCCAGGCUCUUGGCCACACACUCCUAAACCUUUGGACUCAACUUUCGGCAGGGCGGGACCUGCAGGUCGAGGCUAUGUAUUUGGAAAGCCAGAGGAACCAAGCCCACAGUGUGGGCCAGCACAAAGGGAAUCUGUAGGUUUGGUAUCCAUGUUCCGAGGACUGGGCCUUGAAACAGUGUCCCGGGCCCCUGUGAAAAAGGAAAUGCCUCCUUUAGGUAGAGGCAUUUUAGGUCGAGGCUUGUCUACCAGUAUGGUGUACAAGGACAAAGAAGAACCCUAUCCCACUUUUCCGGAUCCUUCAGUGUUGGCAGCUGGGGAUAGCAAGAUGGCAGAGGCAUCCGUUGGUUGGAAUCGAAUGCUUGGGAGAGGGAAUUCAAAUGCAUCUUUAUUACCGUUGGGAAGAGCAGCUGGCGGUAUAGGCAGGGGAGUAUGCAAGGCUUCCGGAGCUCUAGGCUUGGCUUCACGUGAUCCCACGCAGCUAUCAUCACCCCCACCGCCGCCCCCAUCCUCACUGAACUCAGUGAAUCGCUCUCCACUUGGAAUUGGAACUGUAGAACACAAGGAAAAAGAGCUUUUUGUGAAACAAGGAUCGAAAGGAACCCCUCAAUCUUUGGGGUUGAAUCUUAUCAAAAUACAGUGUCACAAUGAAGCAGUUUAUCAAUAUCAUGUGACUUUCAGCCCCAAUGUGGAGUGCAAAAGCAUGAGGUUUGGCAUGUUGAAGGACCAUCAGACUGUCACCGGAAAUGUCACUGCUUUUGAUGGAUCCAUUCUAUAUCUGCCUAUUAAGCUUCAACAAGUCCUUGAGUUAAAAAGUCAAAGAAAAACUGAUGGUGCCGAGAUCAGCAUUAAGAUUCAAUUGACAAAAACCCUGGAGCCCUGUUCUGACUUGUGCAUUCCCUUCUACAAUGUUGUUUUCCGCCGGGUAAUGAAACUUUUAGAUAUGAAGCUGGUGGGGAGAAACUUCUAUGACCCUACAAGUGCCAUGGUACUACAGCAACACAGAUUGCAGAUCUGGCCAGGCUAUGCAGCCAGCAUCCGGAGGACAGAUGGAGGUCUUUUCCUGCUAGCUGAUGUCUCCCAUAAGGUCAUUCGGAAUGAUUCUGUGCUGGAUGUCAUGCAUGCCAUGUAUCAGCAGAACAAAGAAAACUUCCAGGAUGAGUGCACUAAGCUUCUGGUUGGCAAUAUUGUUAUAACCCGAUACAACAAUCGUACCUAUCGUAUUGAUGAUGUGGAUUGGAAUAAGACUCCAAAAGAUAGCUUCAUAAUGUCUGAUGGGAAGGAGAUCACAUUCCUGGAAUACUACAGCAAAAACUAUGGAAUUGCAAUCAAGGAAGAGGACCAGCCACUGCUGAUCCACAGGCCCAGUGAGAGGCAGAAUAACCAAGGGAUGUUGCUAAAAGGUGAAAUCCUGCUGCUUCCUGAGCUUUCCUUCAUGACUGGAAUCCCAGAGAAGAUGAAGAAGGACUUCAGGGCCAUGAAGGAUUUGACCCAGCAGAUAAACCUAAGCCCCAAACAACACCACAGUGCUUUGGAAUGCUUGCUACAGAGAAUUGCAAAGAAUGAGACAGCCAACAAUGAGCUGACACGCUGGGGACUCUGUCUGCAGAAGGAUGUUCAUAAGAUUGAAGGACGUGUUCUGCCAUUGGAAAGAAUUAACUUAAGAAACACUUCAUUUAUUACAUCUCAGGAACUAAAUUGGAUUAAGGAAGUGACCAGAGACCUAUCCAUUUUGACUGUUCCCAUGCAUUUCUGGGCACUGUUUUACCCAAAGAGAGCAAUGGAUCAGGCCCGAGAACUGGUUAACAUGUUAGAGAAGAUCGCUGGCCCCAUUGGCAUGCGCAUAAGCCCACCCGCCUGGGUUGAACUUAAAGAUGACCGAAUAGAGACCUAUAUCAGAACAAUUCAGUCCAUGCUGGGAGUUGAGGGGAAGAUCCAGAUGGUUGUUUGCAUCAUCAUGGGCACCCGUGAUGAUCUCUAUGGAGCCAUUAAAAAACUGUGCUGUGUGCAGGCUCCUGUGCCCUCGCAGGUCAUCAAUGUCCGAACCAUUGCUCAACCCACCAGGCUUAGGAGUGUGGCCCAGAAGAUUCUACUUCAGAUUAACUGUAAAUUGGGUGGUGAGCUCUGGGGAGUGGAUAUCCCCCUGAAACAAUUAAUGGUGAUCGGGAUGGAUGUGUACCAUGAUCCCAGCAGAGGCAUGCGCUCCGUGGUUGGCUUCGUUGCAAGCAUCAACCUCACCCUCACAAAGUGGUAUUCACGAGUGGUAUUCCAGAUGCCUCAUCAGGAGAUUGUGGAUAGCCUGAAGCUGUGCCUGGUGGGCUCCUUAAAAAAGUUCUAUGAGGCAUCAUUGUGGAAUCUGCAGAAUCAGCCAGUGCUGCUGGGAAAACAGAUCAAAAUCCAGGUGAACCACUGUCUCCCAGAGAAGAUUGUGGUGUAUCGUGAUGGAGUGUCCGAUGGCCAGCUAAAGACAGUUGCCAACUAUGAGAUUCCUCAGCUCCAGAAGUGUUUUGAAGCUUUUGAGAAUUAUCAGCCCAAGAUGGUGGUAUUUGUAGUUCAGAAGAAAAUCAGCACCAAUCUGUACCUGGCUGCUUCUGAGCACUUUGUAACUCCUUCUCCUGGGACUGUGGUAGAUCAUACAAUAACAAGUUGUGAUUGGGUGGAUUUCUACCUUCUUGCCCAUCAUGUCCGGCAGGGUUGUGGCAUUCCUACCCAUUAUGUCUGUGUUCUCAACACUGCAAACCUCAGCCCUGAUCACAUGCAGAGGUUGACUUUCAAACUGUGCCACAUGUACUGGAAUUGGCCCGGUACCAUCAGAGUCCCAGCUCCUUGCAAGUAUGCCCACAAGCUAGCUUUCCUGUCAGGACAAAUCUUGCAUCAUGAACCAGCCAUUCAGCUAUGUGAGAACCUGUUCUUCCUGUGACAGCCCCUCGGGAUGUGGGCUGGUUGGAGAAGUCAAACUGCUGAACUCCAAGGUGGCUUGGGCAGGGCCAACAGAGACUGACGGGGGUUUGUGUUGGUCUUUUCCUUUCCCCCAACCUAGUAGAAUAAGAUACCUUUUCUUCUUCUUCUUUUUUUCUUUUAAACAUGAUCUCACCAACAAGCAAGUUCCAUUCCAAGUAUCAGCUGGAAAUAGCCUUGUUGCCUUAUAGGGUUAGGGUUAGUGCUACUGGGAGGUGGAAUGGGUGCCUAUGGGGGAGACUCUUAAGAGCCUCCACAACCAACACGAGCUGCAGAGACCUGCAGAGGCUGCAGCUGCAUCUAUAAGCUGUGCUCACUAAGCAGUUUCCAUUUCUGGCGCCAGAGGUGAUAAUGAAUGAAGUCACUGCAAGUUUCUUAAAGUAGAGAGUUACUUUAUUUGGGCGACUGGGAAAGGUAAUAAAAAGGCCUGUGAAGCAAAAUUUCUUAAGAUUUUCUCUUGCUGACAAGUGUGAAAGGCAUGUAGUAAAACCACCUGGUGGUCUAGUCAGACCCUUGCUGACCUGAUCUCUGUGUAUUGAGUCUAGAACACCUGUGACUUGAACUGGCUUUGAAAGGGAUGCUUAGCUACCCCUUGGCCUCCUGAGAGAGGCCAAAUACUAAAUUUACUUUUCUGUAUAUUUCAGUUGCUGUACAGUAUACCAUGCUGAUUUUUUCCUAUUCCACAUAUACAUACACACCUUAGCUCUUAGUUACUGAUCUUGAGUAAGUUUUAGUUUUGAAAUUAAGAACCAGAGCAUGUUAAAUUCAGCUAACAAGAGUUCAAGGGGAGGAGUUUUCCUUUCUCCCUGAUGUGUGGCCUUCUUUUAUGUGACGUGUCUAUAAAUUGAAUCACUCAUUUCCCUUGCUUAAUAACCUGCCUGCUGGCUCAUUUUGUUAGUAGUUUUUCUGAAUCGAAGUUGAGCACUCCAACCUGGAAAUUCACUUUCCCAAGAUUUCCACUUUGGAAAACAUGACACUCCUGCCAAAGUCCAGACAUUGCAGCUUAACAACCUGUCACCAAACCUGUGGGUUUCAGAGUUUUGGGGAAGCACCGGGGUUUUUUUGUGUUUUCCCAUUUCAUCAUCUUGCAGUCCCUUCCAGUUUCAUUUAAUCUCAUCUUGCUUUAACUGGGUCUUAAAAGCCAGUUCUAUUUAAUAUUUGUAAUUUUUGAAAAUUUAUUUUGUGUUGUGAUUACAUUCAACAAAAAGCAAAAAUUCCCAUUUUAUGUGACAGUGUAUGAAAAGAGAAAAGCUAGUUUGAAACUCCUCAAAAGAAAUGCCAGCAAGUUUUCCAUUUGCCCCGGCGCCCACCAGAGGCUGUGAACUGAGUGCUGAUGCUCUGCUGGUUUGGAGUGUGGGACAUGGGAUAAGGCUAGCCUGGGAUUUCAAACCACUUACACAAAUUGGAUCACUGGUCUCUGGUUUAACAGAUUAGUUUUCUGGUUCUCUUUGAAAGCAUGUUGAUUUCUCUUUGAAGUUGAAUUUCCUCAUACUCCUUUUCUAUAAUCAGAAAAGACAAAUUCUUGAAUAUAAUGCAGAGCUUUCUUUACUUUUAAUUCCUGGUUUUCUUGCUUUGUUUUUCAGUCUUAAUGCCCAAUGAUUAGGUCCUGGGCAUGAUAUAAAUGAAAACAAAUUUGUAUAAAUAUAGAGUUGUGUUUGAAACAGUGUCAUUUAUGUAUUAAAGUUCUUUCCCUCUUAAAACUGGAACACUUGUUAGAAUUAUUUACUUAGUACUUGGUUUGCGAGUACCUCAUGGUGACCUGGGUAGAAAGAUUUGGAAAAGACACCAAAAGUCUGUGUGUUAAAUUCAUCUAACCUGUGUGUGUGUGUGUUUUCUAAAUCUCUUUUCCCAUUGGUCAAUUUCUGGUAGCACAUAUGAGAGCCACUUCCCAGGGUGCCUUCCACCCCUCUUUCUAAUACUUACCCUUUUAUACAUGUACUUCACGGUAUGUCUAUAAUCCUUAAAAAUACCUUUCCAAAGCACUCUAGCUCCAUGCUUCACUUUUUUUGUUUAUGUAGAAACUCCAUGGUGCAAUUCUUCUUGAACUCAUUCUAGAAGAAACUAUAAUUUAUAUACAGUGUUAUAGGAUCCUUUUUACUUGGGCAGGAUUUGUUGACUGGUGUGAAAAAGUAAACACUUUUCUAAGUGACUGUUUAUAUGGAAAACAUUAAAAUUUUUGCC